ACAAAGCACAAAAUUUCAAAAGGCAAUGUCGCCAAUCCUCAUUUGGCCGGAGGACAGAAGGUGUUGAAGUUAUUUAUCAAGCUAAGCAGCAUUGCCCAAACCCUUGCCACAAAUGAUGGCUCAAGGUCAGGAAGCUACGGAAUUGCAGGCGAUGGUGAGCCAGGCUGGCAAUGCAAUCCUUACGCUGCUGCGAGAUGGCAAUGCUGAGAACAGAUCGCAGGCGAAUGCGUGGCUUGCAUCGUUGGCCGUCCGUCCGGAAGCGUGGCCGAUCACAGUGGCGCUUUCAUUGCAGAGCUAUGAUGCAGCAAAUCAGGACAUUCAUUUCUUUGCGCUAAACAUGUUGCUGCACAAGGUUCGCUCAGACAAUGGCCAUCAACAGUUCUCUGUAGACCAGAAAGCGGACGUGUACUACAAGCUGUUAGAUGCUCUGCCGAGGGCUGGGAACGAUCUGGUGCGGGCCAGGAUGAGCAUUGUGAUCGCUGCAAUUGCUGCAGUAUCUGGAGCAGAAGCUUGCUAUGAGCUCAUUGAGACAGCCACCAGUACCACCAAGUUAGGAGGUCUGGGUGUCCUGUCCCUGGAGGUGCUCACAUCCUUGGCGGAAGAAACAGUCCUUCGAUCAAAAGCACAUCAGUGGGAGGUUGUGGAGGCCAUGCAAGAGUGCUCUUCCAAUGUCCUGAAAUACCUUUGGCAAUUUGUCAGCUCCACCACUGAUCCAGCAUGCAUCGCCAAAGCAUUCUUGUGCUUGGAUAGAUGGCGUCAUGCUGGCAUCACUCUUUCUGAGCUCCCGCCAUCCUUCCUGGCUGCGCUCCUCGAGUCUCUCAAAGCACCAAACGAGGCCAUGUUUGAUGCAGCGGUCAUGGUCCUCUCAGACCUAGUGCGAGAGGUCGACGUCCUUCCACUCAGAGAAUCUGCAAUUCGAUCAGUCCUGACGGGAACUCUGGCUGCGCGUGCGCACCUCCAGGCACAGUCAGGCUUGGAUGAUGACAGCCGGGAGAAGCGCGCGUACGGUCUCUGUGUUCUUGGCUCUGCGAUUGGUGCAGCAGAGGCGCCAUUUUUGUGUAGAGGAGGGAGUGACGCGGUGGCUUUGGUAGAGUGGCUGGUGGAUGCGACGGCUGAUGGCGCGGAUGGCCUGGGGUUUGAUGGGGCAGCGCUAGCGCUCGAGGCUUGGCCUAAGAUGGCAGCCGUUCCACGGAGCAAGCGCAUCCCGCAGUUUCAGGUGCCACUCUUCGAGGCAGUCCUGCAGGCCAUUGUGCGCAUCUCGUCCUUUCCUCCCGACUUCACCUCCUGGGACGACUCCGACCUGGAGCGCGACGACUUUUUCCACUUCCGGGAGAGCUCGGCCACCGACAGCCUGGCAGCCUGCCACAAGGAACUCGGAACGGCCAUUCUGCGCCACGUCAGCAGCAUGCUCCACCAGGGCUCCACGUGGCAGCUCAAGGAGGCCGGGCUCUUUGUGGCACGGGCAAUCAGCCCGGCCGUUUGUACAGCCGCCAUGGGGGCAGGAUUGAAUGGAGUUCUGGGAGCGGCGGGCGGAGAAGACGAGCAGGGCGUCAGUGCCGCGUUCGUGACGUCGCUGUAUGAGAACCUACCGAAGGCUUUAGAAGGGACCCCCUUGCACCCACUCCUGACAGCCGCCGCUUGCCAAGCGGUAGAAGCAUACUCACCGUUCGCUGCUCUCAAGACAAACCUACUGGAAGUCGGAAUCACGUAUGCUGUCAUGGCUCUCUCCUCACAAGAAGCUCGUGGCCCCGCGGCCGCCGCCCUUCGUGCCCUCUGCAUCAUUGCCGUUCCCGGCCUGGCUGCAACCCACCCGGAGGCGCUCGCUCCUCUUCUUGGCGCGUGCGAGCAGGCGGCAGCCAUCAUGGGUUCCGGUGGGGAAUUGAAAACGGACGAGCGGAUCGCUCUGGCGGAGGCGAUGGCCGCGGUGGCAGGGGCGCUUCCUCCGCCGCACUCGGAGGAGGCGGUACGGAGGCUGGCGGGGCCGGCGAUUAUGAGCUGCGGACAACUAGCGGAUGCAAAGGCACGGUCCAUGGGGAUGAGCGCAACCCUCGCCGGCGACCUGCGAGUUCUGUCCGCCAUCAUAGGCUGCGCCAAUCCGGUCCCUGGGAAGGCGCACCCCGCCCUGGGAACGCUGCAGGACGCAUGGCCCGUGCUUGGAGCGAUUGCGACGAACUGGGCGAAUGAUUCAGCUGUAGCGGCAGCCAUCUGCGGCCUUUGGGGAGUGGUGGCACGCCACGUGGGCACCGUCCUCCUUCCGGUGACCUUAGAAGUGGUCAGCAAAGUCGUCUCCAUGUACAGAACGCACCUCGAGCCCGGCAGUCUAGACUGUCUGGCAGAGAUCAUCGCCCUGCACGGCCCCUCCGCGUCCCCGGACCUCCAGGCCGCCCUCUCCUCCACGCUCGCCGACGUCCAGGCCUCCCUCCCGAUCCUCCUGGGCAGCCUCGCCGCUUCCGAAGACACAGCAGAGGGAUCCCCCUCCAAACGCCUCGCGCGAAGCGGUUCCGAUGCGGUCAGCGGUCUGGUCGUCAGCCCGAAGGAGCCGCUCGAGGCGCUGCGCGCGGUGUGCCAGCUGGCGCGCGCGCUGCUCCGGUGCCUGCCCCGUGUGCUCCUGCCGCAGCCCGCGUUCCUGGAGCUCCUGCGAUGCGCGUCUGAGUGUUUGAGACGCCCGGAGAUGGAGCCCGCCCUGAGCGCGGCCGCGUUCCUCACCGAGAGCAUCGCCGGGGGGCCGAGCACCGCUGGCAGGCAGCCCGGGGAGCCCAACUGGGGCCUCCCGCAGGAGCUGCGCGGGAACGUCGACGCCGCGGUUGGACAACUCGGGCAACGACUCGUCGAGGAGCUUCUGACUGCGAUCGCGUCUUCAAGCCGCCCUGCUGCGCUUCUCGAGCCGCUGGCGGAAACGCUAUACGCCCUCCGGUGCCAGUACCGCCAGGCGACCCAGGCAGCCAUCUCCGCAGUCCUACGGUCGCCGGCUUUUCCAGCCCGGCCAGGGACGCUCUCGACGCCGGGCAAGGAGCGCUUUGUCGAGGCUGUCGUGAGGGAACCGGCUCAACCAAAGCGGCGGUUCACAGAGUUGAUCAUGGACUUCUCGCGCGUCUGCAACGGGCAAGCUCCGAUGGAGAUACUGCAAGGAUACUGAAAAGGUUUGGCUUACAGUCAGUGCGGAUUGAAGGCAAGGCUUUGAAGGCAAAAGCUUAUGGGCGAUACUUUGGCACGCAACGAUGCUCAAAUGACGUCGUGGAUAGAUUAAGUCGCGAGCAUCCGGGUCAGGAGGUUUUGGAUUCUACAACGAGUGCGGCGUUCCGGCCCAAUCCGACCUGCAAUGUGCAACGGAAUGUCGAGCAUCAAAAGUUAAGGUUUUUGGUCCUUUGGUCGAUAGAUUUCCGCAGGCUGAGCCGACCUAUGUGUCUGGGUUCUGAAACGAGGGAGGCUUGCAAGCGUAGUGGUUGUACUAGGCUAUAUCUUAGGACCGGUUGUCGAUCGAAAAAGAGUCAGCGGAAAUAAUUCCACGUCAGUCACUUGUUGACAAUGCAAUUGCUCUACUUUCUUGGCACUGAGCGGCCCCCGAGCCGUCGAGCUUAAUCGAUUCAAUGGU